CUGGAGCUGGUGCGGCAGUACGACAUCGUCGCUGACUGCUCUGACAACGUCCCCACCAGGUACUUGGUGAACGAUGCCUGUGUCCUGGCUGGGAAACCCCUGGUGUCUGGCAGUGCCCUCCGGCUGGAGGGGCAGCUGGUCGUAUACAACUACCAGGGAGGGCCAUGCUACAGGUGUCUCUUCCCCAAGCCCCCUCCGCCAGAGACAGUGACUAACUGUGCAGAUGGGGGGGUGCUGGGUGUCGUGCCAGGCAUCAUGGGCUGCAUCCAGGCCUUGGAAGUGCUGAAGAUUGCUUCGGGAAUGGGUUCCUCCUUCAGUCGGUUCAUGCUGAUGUUUGAUGCCCGUGAAGGGAGAUUUCGCAACAUCAAGUUAAGACCAAAGAAACCAGACUGUGCUGUUUGUGGUGAGAAUCCGUCUGUCACCUGCCUUCAGGAUUAUGAGGCAUUUUGUGGUUCUUCUGCAACAGACAAAUGUAGGACUUUACAUCUGCUGUCCAGUAAAGACAGGGUGUCUGUAGAGGAAUACAAAAAACUGUUGGAUGAGCAAGUUCCUCACGUAUUGUUAGAUGUUCGUCCACAGGUGGAAGUGGAUAUCUGUCGCCUGGGACAUGCUGUCCACAUUCCUUUGGCUAAGUUAGAAGAAAAAGAUGAGGAAUGUCUGAAAUAUUUAGAAAAAAGAAUUUGUGAAGAAAAGCAGAGAACUAAUGGCCAAAUGUCUUUUCCUCUAUAUGUUGUUUGCAAAUUAGGAAAUGAUUCCCAGAAGGCUGUAAGAAUUCUGCAGGAGUUACCUGUCAAGGAAUUUGGUUCUCUGUUAGCUAAGGAUAUUAAAGGAGGACUCAUGGCUUGGGCCAGUAAAAUUGACCCAACAUUUCCUCAGUAUUAG